AUGUCCCAAGUUCCCUCCUUUGGUCGAAGAAUAAAAAAGGAAUUCGCUGAUAUCGCCCAAAGACGAUUUUUUAAGUGGAGUCGAACUCUUAUUGUUGUUGUGUGGGUGUGGCUCAUUCAGAUAUUCAGCCACGAAAAAGUUAUUUUUAAAAUUUUUGGUGUUAUGUGGUUUUUUAAGUUGGGAAUUUAA